AUCUGGAGCUGAUUGCAGCCAGCAGAUCUCCUGCUCAGCGGACCUUGUUGCCCCUAAAGAGGUCGGCCCCCCCCCAGGAGCAGUGCCAGUCCCCGGCCCAACAGUACACAGAGGAGGCUCUGAAGGACCUCUUCAGACACGUCAACCACAGCAUGCCCGACUCCGCCAAGAAGAAGAAACUCGUCCGACAGUUAGUCAAACAGACAACCUCAGGGACGCCUACGGACGACCGGCUUCAGCUCCCCCCCACUGCCAGCAAGAAACACCCACGUUCCCGCUCCUUCGGAGGCCUCAUCAAGCGCAAAGCUCGCGGUGAGCAGCUGACGGGGGAGAGGCGGCUCCGACAAAUCUCCCCAGAUAUCGACUCCAAGUCGGGAAGAAAAGCUGGUAAAGAGAACGUCAUCCUACAGGCGGUGAACAGCCCAUUAAAUGGUCACAUGUUGGGGAAGGGGGGGCUGAUAGUCAAGAACCCGGACUUUUCUUUUAAGGACAGAGUUCUGAAGGUUUCCAAGCAGAACUCCUCCUCUGUGACCCGGAUGUGUUUCUCUCCCGCUCAGGAGAUCUCGCUGUAAAAACCCAACAGCUCCUCCUCCUCCUUGUCUCAGACAGGACUCGAGCAGUAUUCAUAUUCCUCUUGUUUGUCAUCAUGUUUUCAUCGUAGUCAGUCUCUUUUUAACUGUGACUAAUAUAAAGCAGCAUUCAGCCUCUGCCAGAGCCAGGGAAUCACUGCUGGACAGACAACUAGACGUGAGUGGUACUUCCAGUUGAUUUCAACCCUCCCCCUCUUAGAUACCCUUAAUGUAAAGAUGCCUAAUGGGGAAAAAAUGACUUUGCUUCCAAACAUGCAAAACAGUUAUGACCUCAAUAUGUGAUAUCUGAAGCUCAAACCCCCUUUCUACUUUCAGAAAUACUUCAGACAAGUCCCAGAUUUCUCGUACUUGUAGUAUUCAGAUAAUGGUGCAUCAGGUUGGACAGUAUUUCUUUGAGCGUGAUUUAGUUUAGUAAUCAUAUCUGAAAUAAA